AUGAGCAACCAGGCAUUAUAUGAGAAACUCGAACAAACAAGGACGAUUCUGUCCGUGAAACUGGCAGAACUGAUAAAUAUGACCACGAUAGCCGAUAGAAAUGAUGACGACGAGGAUUCAUUUGCACAAGAGAAUUCCGAGCUCGCGGUAGCCACGACCAGUGUGAUGAUGGUAAAUAACCAGACUAUGCAAUUGAUCAAAAAUGUCCAAGACUUGUUGAGCCUAACCAGAUCGAUAAAAGAGAAAUGGCUACUGAACCAAAUUCCUGUAAUAGAACAUUCGGAGGAGACUCGUUUUGACGAGAAACAGAUAAAGAAAUUACUAGAUAACUGUAUAGAAACGUUUGUGGCAGAGCAAACAACAUAG